AUUUUAUCAACUCAUAUUUUUUUUACGGGAAAAAACAAAGUUACUCAAGGGCUAAUAAGCCAAUCAAAACAAACAGUUUCAAUAAUCUCGUGUUUCUAUUGUAGAGUGUCUUCCAAUAAAACUAAACCAAGUAGAAUACCCACUUCUUCUAGCACACUUCAUCCCACAUCUACUGAAUCAGACAUGUUAUCUGUCUCAAGCAGACAAAGACAAUCUAAAAAAGACGAGGCUAUUCGUAAGAAAAUUGAACAAGAGUUAUCAAAGAAGAGAGGCAACUCUACUCGUAUCAGACAAACCAAGAAAAUUGCAGGUACCGUAUCUGCUCUCCGACCAGCACAGGCCUUGACCGUCAGGGAAAGUAUACUGGUGAUCGAAGCAGCCCAAUUGAUGGCUGCUAAAAGGAGUGAUUGUGUUUUGGUAGUCGAUGACGAAGAGCAUUUGAGUGGUAUCUUUACUGCGAAAGAUUUGGCUUAUCGCGUAGUAGCAGAUAAUCUGGAUGCUAGAUCAACUACAGUAGCUGAAAUCAUGACAAGGAACCCCAUGUGCGUUACUGCCGAUACAUCUGCUCAAGAUGCCCUGAACCUCAUGGUUUCCCGCGGUUUUCGUCACUUGCCCGUUUGUAAUGAAGAAGGCGAUAUCUUUGGCUUACUCGACAUCACCAAGUGUAUUUAUGAAGCACUUCAUAAAAUGGAAAAGGCAUACGGGUCAUCACGUAAACUGUAUGACGCAUUAGAAGGCGUCGAACGGGAAUGGGCCAAUAGCCCAGUUCAGCUCGUUCAAUAUAUGGAAGCACUCAAAGAUAAGAUGUCUUGUCCUGAUUUGACGACUGUCCUGGAUCAUGCCGAACCUGUUCAAGUCGCUAUGAAGACUCAAGUAAGAGAAGUCGCUCGAUUGAUGAAAGAGUAUCACACAACAGCUGUUCUUGUGAUGGAUCAUGGUGGUCUCGCUGGUAUUUUUACGUCUAAAGAUAUCGUCUUGAGAGUCAUUGCCGCCGGCCUUGCUCCCGAUAGUUGCUCAGUCGUACGUGUGAUGACACCUCAUCCUGACACAGCCUUACCUUCAACAAGUAUUUUAGACGCUUUGAAAAAAAUGCAUGAUGGUCAUUAUUUAAAUUUACCUGUAUUAGACGAAGAAAGAAAUAUUGUGGGCUUAAUCGACGUCCUUCGAUUGACUUAUGCCACUUUAGAACAGAUCAAUAGCAUUGAAGGUAAUCAGGGGGAUGGAGCCAAGUUUUGGCACAGCAUUGCGGCUGUAGGAGACCCUACCGAGACAGAAUCAGCCAUUUCCGACUCACUCUCCCAAGCAGCCAACUCACCCAUGUUUCAAAACGAUCGGCUACUCUCACCCAUGCCAGGCCAUGCACCGACCUACACGGGACUGGGCUAUGCAGAGCUCACACCAGGUGAUUCAGCAUCGAUGAUACAUGACAACGAUAAUACCUCAACCGUUUCUUCUCAUAUCAACAAUACCUUUUCGUUCAAGUUUAAUUAUGGAAACAAGACACAUCGGUUCCGUCACGAGAUUGGUAAUUUUGCCAGUUUCUUGGAGACGAUUCAACAAAAGAUUAUGACAGAACAUCUCUCACUCUCACAGUCGUACGUAGCAGUGCAUCACAAGGAAGAUGAAAAUUGGUUGACAGUUGCUUAUUUGGAUGAUGAAAACGAUCAAGUCUUGAUGACAUGUGAUUCAGAUCUGAUAGAUGCGGUUCAAAUAGCAAAGAAGUCAGGUAUGGAUCGUGUUCGGUUAUUUGUGCAUGAUUCGAUGGCAGAGCAAAAGACGGUUGAGCAGACUCCGGUGGAGUUACCCAUGUCGCCUCCUGUCUCUGUCGAGCCUGUGAUAGAAAAGAAGCCUGAACCAAAGCAGAAGCCACAAAGACGUCAACAAGAAGAAGAAGACGACGACGAUGACGAUGACGAAGAAGAAGAAGAAGAAUUGAAAAGAAGAAAACGAAAACACAGUCUAGACAAAAAGAAGACAAGAAAACAAAACGUAGAAUACAACUUACCCAUUCCUCAAGAAUUGAUGUUGCCAGCGGCAAUUACGUUCCUUGGUGUAGUUAUUCUCGAUUAA